AUGCAAGCCCGGAGCGCCAAAAAGGCGGAUGCGCUGAUAUUUGAUUGUGAUGGGGUCAUCAUUGAGAGCGAGGGCAUCCACCUCCAGGCAUACAAUGCGACUUUUCGUGACUUUGGACUUCGCAUCGAGGGCCACUCCGAGGAUGCGGUACAAUGGAGCGAACCAUUCUACGAGAUGCUGCAGAAUAAGAUUGGUGGAGGGAAGCAUAAGAUGCGGUACUACUUUGAACAAGAGGGAUGGCCAGCCUCCACCCAAGAUGAUUUCUCGAGUCCUCCUGCUACUGACGCCGGCAAGCAGGCACUCAUAGAUGCACUGCAAGAUCACAAGACGGAGGCCUACAAGGACAUUGUCGGCAAUCAACCCAUCGACCCGAGGCCGGGCGUGGUUGAGCUGUUUGACGCAGCAAGAAAGGACGGUCUCAAGGUCGCUGUGUGCUCUGCGAGCACCAAGAUUGCGGUCCAGUACGCCCUGCAAAAUGUGUUGGGGGAGGACAGGUUCUUCUCCCUCGACGCCUUCCUUGCUGGCGACGAUGUUGCUGAGAAGAAACCCAACCCUGCAAUCUACAAGGAGGCUGCGGAGAAGCUGGGUGUGGAUCCAAGCGCCUGCCUGGUCAUCGAAGACAGCGCCAUCGGCCUGGAGGCUGCCCUCAGGGCCGGCAUGCGGUGCGUGAUCACCUACACCCACCAGACCGCGUCCCAGGGCUUUGCCGGGGCGGAGGCUGUGGUGGAGGAUGCGCGCAAGCUGCCCUACACAGACCUGGUGGAGGGCAAGCUGUCUGGAGUGGACGAUCGAGUGUAG